UUCCCUUAUAAGUAUAAACAUUUGAGACCAUAGCAAUGUCAUAUGAUUCUAGCCAAAUGAUGGUCUCCAACAAGUUCAAGACCUUAAAUUUUUUUGCACUCUCUAUACUUUAUGUUUAUCUGAUUCAUACUGCAAAUGGAAAAGUUCAUCAUCACAAGUUUGUGGUAAAAUCUUCAUCUUUCACAAGACUAUGUAGUACCAAGAACAUCUUGACGGUAAAUGGGGAAUUUCCAGGUCCAACAUUGAAAGCUCAUAGAGGAGAUACGCUUAUAGUCAAGGUUUAUAACCAGGCAGAUUAUAACAUAACAAUACAUUGGCAUGGAGCAAGACAAGUGAGGAAUCCAUGGUCAGAUGGACCUGAAUACAUAACACAAUGCCCAAUUAAAUCAGGAAAUAUGUUCAAACAAAUUAUACAUUUGACCACAGAAGAAGGAACAAUAUGGUGGCAUGCACAUAAUGGUUGGGCAAGAGCUACAGUUCAUGGGGCUGUCAUCAUUUAUCCCAAACAUGGACACACUUAUCCCUUUCCUAAACCUCAUGCUGAGGUUCCAAUUAUACUAGGAGAGUGGUGGAAAGAACAAGUAAUGGAAAUUCCAAAUGUAGCAAACAAAACUGGAGGAGAACCAAUUCUAUCAAAUGCAUAUACCAUAAAUGGUCAACCUGGUUAUCUAUAUCCCUGCUCCAAAAAAGAUACUUUCAAGAUGAUUGUGGACUAUGGAAAAACAUAUCUUCUUCGAAUAAUCAAUGGAGUAAUGGAUGAAGAACUUUUCUUUGCCAUUAAAAAUCACAAAUUGACAGUAGUUGGUAAAGAUGGAUUAUACUUAAAACCAAUAAAAACAGAUUACAUAAUGAUCACACCUGGCCAAUCUAUGGACAUUCUAAUGGAAGCAAAUCAACCUCUUGGUCAUUAUUUCAUGGCUGCAAGAUCAUACUCUAGUACUUUUGGUGCUGGUUUUGAUAACACAACCACAACAGCUUUACUUAUAUAUACUGAUUCUCAUCACCAUCAUCACAAAAAAAAGCCAAUUCUUCCUCAACUUCCUCCUUACAACAAAACACAAGCAUCGACUAGCUUUACAAAGAAAUUCAGAAGCCUUGCUACAAAAACUCAUCCAAUAAAUGUUCCUACAGAAGUUGACACACAUUUGUUGUUCACAAUUUCUGUUAAUUUGCUCAACUGUACUCAAGAUAAACCCUGCACCGGUCCGUUCGGAAAAAGGUUUGCAGCUAGUGUGAACAACAUUAGUCUAGUGCAUCCAUAUAUUGAUUUUCUAAGUGCCUAUUAUUAUAAAAUCCCUGGUGUAUUUGAAAUGGAUUUUCCAAGAAUUCCAACAAGGGAAUUCAAUUACACAGCUGAUAAGUUACCAGAAUAUUUUUUGAGUACAUCAUUUGGCACAAAGGUGUUGGUUUUGGACUAUGAUGCAAGUGUUGAGCUUGUACUGCAAGGGACUAAUGUGUUAGCAAGUGAUAAUCACCCUGUUCAUUUGCAUGGAUAUAGUUUCUAUGUAAUUGGUUGGGGUUUUGGGAAUUUUGAUCCUAAAAAUGAUCCUAAAAACUAUAAUCUUAUUGAUCCACCAGAGGAAACUACAGUUGGAGUACCAAAUAAUGGUUGGGUUGCUAUCAGAUUCAGGGCUGAUAAUCCAGGUAUGUGGUUGCUGCAUUGCCACAUAGAACGACAUGCUACUUGGGGAAUGAGUAUGGUGUUUCUGGUGAAAGAUGGUCCUAAUCCUCAGACACAAAUGCUUCCACCCCCUAGGGAUUUACCCAAAUGUUAAGACUUGUUGUAGUUAAUUAUAGUCUAAUUUAUGUACCAAUGUAGUAAUAUUUAGCUUCAAAAAUGAAGAGGGAUAUAAUCUUGUUAUUGUGUUUGAUUCAAAAGUGGAAAAGGAGCUCAAAUAUGAA